AUGGCAGGAAGGAAUCAAACUGCCAUCACAGAAUUCCUCCUCCAGGGCCUGCCCAUCGAGCCAGAGCAGAAAAACCUGUUCUAUGCCCUGUUCCUGGUCAUGUACGUUACCACCGUCCUGGGGAACCUCCUCAUCAUUUUCCUGAUUCGCCUGGACUCUCAGCUCCACACGCCCAUGUAUUUGUUUCUCAGUAACUUGUCCUUCUCUGACCUCUGCUUCUCCUCUGUCACAAUGCCCAAGUUGCUGCAGAACAUGCAGAGCCAAGUCCCAUCCAUCCCCUAUGCAGGCUGCCUGACCCAGAUGUACUUCUUCCUGUUUUUUGGAGACCUGGAGAGCUUCCUCCUUGUGGCCAUGGCCUAUGACCGCUAUGUGGCCAUCUGCUUCCCCCUGCACUACACCACCAUCAUGGGCCCCAAGCUCUGUCUCUCCCUGGUGGGGCUGUCCUGGGGACUGACCACGAUGCAUGCCAUGUUACACACACUGCUCAUGGCCAGGUUGUAUUUUUGUGCCGACAAUGUGAUUCCUCACUUUUUCUGUGACAUGUCUGCUCUGCUGAAGCUGUCCUGCUCUGACACGCGAGUUAAUGACUUGGUGAUAUUUAUCACGGGAGGGCUCAUUCUUGUCAUCCCAUUCCUACUCAUCAUCACAUCCUAUGCACGGAUUGUGUCAUCUAUUCUCAAAGUUCCUUCUGUUAGAGGUAUGCGCAAGGCCUUCUCCACCUGUGGCUCCCACCUGGCUGUGGUGUCACUGUUCUAUGGGACAGUUAUUGGUCUCUAUUUAUGCCCAUCAGCUGAUAAUUCUACUGUGAAGGAGAUGGUCAUGGGUAUGAUGUACACUGUGGUGACGCCCAUGCUGAACCCGUUCAUCUACAGCCUGAGGAACAGAGACAUGAAGGGAGCCCUGGGAAGAGUCUUUUGUAGAAAGAAAAUUCCCUUUUCUGUAUGA